UAAUGGCGAGGAUUUACCAGCAGCCAGCCCAGCCCAGCAUCGCCACCACUGACGGACCCCGGCCAGGCACCCUUCCUCCUUCCUUUUUAUUCUCCCUCUCGAUAUUUCGCUCGUCUCCUCCGCCUCCGGUUCGUCCUUUCCACCAAACUCCCCUCCCCUUCGCCCUCCCCUCCCCCGACACCCUUCGCCCUCCUUCCCCCCUCUGCUUCUCAAUCCUGUCACCGUCGCCGCUCCUCCUCCCGUCGAGAGGUCCCAUACAUCCCGGUGUUCGUUCUUGAUCACCCUCGCUCGCCGCCCGGAUUCCCGUUCCCGUCGCAAUCUGCUGGAGUUGAUGAGAGUUGUUCUCUUUUGUUCUUUUCCGUUCUUGUUCCUUUCUUCCAUGAAACCGGCUCCUUCUUCCUCCUCUUCUUCCUGAGAGUGGUUCGGUUGGUUGGUUGUUCCACCUGAAAUCGCAUUGCUUCUCGGGUCCUCCCUGUUUCCCGAUACUUUUUUCAGUCAAAGAGGAAUUUUUGUUGUGCUUUCUUCGGUUCCACGGCGAAUUCUAGCGGCGGGGCCGGCGCGUCUUUCUAUCGAUCGGUUGCAUUCCCUCCGUCGCCGGGAAGCAGAGCCGGGGAGAUUCGAUGGCCUCGGAGGCGGCCGUGGCGUCGGGCGUGUGCGGGAGGAGCGGCCGGGCCGCGCGGCUGCUCGCCGGCGCGCUCCUCGAGUGGAUCCUCAUCGCGCUGCUCCUCGCCAACGGCGUCUUCUCCUACCUCAUCGCCCGCUUCGCCGCCUUCUUCGGCCUGCCGCCGCCGUGCGCGCUCUGCUCCCGCCUCGCCGUCGACAGCCUCUUCGCCCCGCCCAGCCAACGCCCCUGCGCCGAGCCCCUGCGCCGCGUGCUCUGCGACGGGCACGCCGCCGAGGUGUCGCGCCUCGGCUACUGCCGCGCGCACCGCCGCCUCGCCGACGCCGCCGACAUGUGCGAGGACUGCGGGGCCGCGUCCGGGAAGGCGCUGCUGUCGUGGAUGCGGCGGAGCGAGCUCGGCGAGCGGGACCUCGCCUGCGCCUGCUGCGGCGUCGCGCUCGAGAGCGGCUUCUACUCGCCGCCCUUCCUGCUCCCCACGCCGUCGGCCGCGGCUCACGACCCGGGCCGCGGCUGCGACCAGGACGGCCACGGAGACGUGGUCUUUGUGUCCGAGGACGGCCCUGUGAUCGAGCUCUUCGACGAGAAGCCAUUGGUGGAGGAUGAUUCCAUCGGUGUCAUUUCAGCUCACCGCGCUGGCAUUGCCGGCAGCGUUGAGCGACUGGUGCCGCUUGAAUCCAUCGACUCCUUGGCCGUCGGUGUGCCCGAGCUGUCAUCUGAGCCCAGUGGUGAAGAGAAGGAAUCAGAUGAUCAUUUGCCGGAGAGGAAGGUUGAUGCCAACGAGGAGAAAUUUGUGGUGGCCUCUGAUGUUCAGCACUCUCCUCAGAUGGAUAAUGGACUGAAAGAGAUGUCAUCAUCAGAGGAUGAGCAAGUUGAACAGGGCACUGUGGAACAUGAAUUGUUUUCCAUGCCAUCAGAUACCAUGGAGCAUGGAUUUGUUGUUGACAAAUCUGAUGAAAAUACUGAAGAGGUGCUGGUUCAACAAGCUGGCAUAAAGGAUGAAUGUGACGCUAUGCCAGUGGAAGGUGGGCCACAUGACUCGGAGGUUUCGAACGAGAACACUGAGGAGAACCAGGUUCAACAAGCUGAGCUGAGUCAGUUAUUGGAUUCGGUAAUGAUACAUCCCAGGGAGCAUGUCGAUGAAGAAUGUGAAGAGGAGAAAAUAUCACUUGCUGAGUUGAAACAAGAAUCGGACUCUGCGGCACUUGCUUCUUUGGAACAAGUUACAGAGAUUUCAAGUGAGAACACUGAAAACCAUGUUGAACAGCCUGAGCUGAUGCAUCUGUCCACUUUUAUGGCAGCAGGUGUUCUUGAGUCUCCCGGUGUUAACGCCACCGCAGACCAAGAUGAUAUUGAAGUUGAUCCAACUGAGUCUCUUCUACCAAGCUUGCACCAACUUUCUGAUGGGCAUUCAAUAAGUUCAGAUAAAUCAUCUUCUGACUGCAGUGAUGUUGAAGAUAAGAGAGUUUCUGAUACACCAACUGAUAUUGAAGAUAUCAGUUAUUUACAGGAAUUACCAGACCCUAAAGCAGUGACUGCUGAUACCAGGUCUGUUGAUUCAAGUGUGGCUAAUAUGUUUACUGAUCUGGAAAGUGUUGAACUGGUGAGUGUUGAUCAACUCAAGUCUGCUUUGGGAGCUGCCCACAAGUCAUUGAGUACACUAUACGCAGAGCUUGAAAACGAGAGGAGUGCAGCAGCUAUAGCUGCUGAUGAGACCAUGGCAAUGAUAAAUCGCUUGCAAGAACAGAAAGCUGCAAUGCAGAUGGAGGCGAUGCAGUACCAGCGGCUUAUGGAAGAGCAGUCGGAGUAUGAUCAAGAAGCACUGCAGAGGCUGAAUGAUCUGGUUGUAAAGAGAGAUAAGGAGAGGCAAGAUAUGGAGAGGGAGCUCGAAUUGUAUCGCCACAAGAUUCAUCUCUAUGAGGCGAAGGAGAGGAGGAAAAUGUCCAGGCACAAGGCCGAUGACCAGAAUGGAUCAUCCUCAGCAUCAUCAAGUGCUGAGGACAGUGAUGACCUUUCCCAAAGUUUCUAUGAAGGCGAUGAGUCUGCCCAUGGUCUGAAUGGAAGCAAUGGCAGUAGUCCCACUGAUGUUGUUUUACAUGAAACUGCUAGUCAUAUUGUUACAAUUGAUGGCUCGCUAGCUGAUUGUGAGGAAGAGAGGCUCUCCAUAUUGGAACAGCUGAAAGUGCUGGAGGAGAGGCUUUUCGACCUCGAAGAUGAAGAAUCCGAUAACUUGAGGAUGGACAAGCAUUUCACAGAAGAUAACCAUUUAAACGGUGCCUCAAAUGGUUUCUCUGAUGAGGACAUCAGCUUCAAGCUUCAGGAUAGUAGAAAAGGCGUGAGCUAUGGAGGAAAGAAGCUCCUCCCUCUGUUUGAUGAUACUACCAUGAGAAAUGGGAAUGGCCUCCUAGCAAAGCAAGGUACCGAGGCAGACCCUUCAGCAGAAGUCGUGUUGGAACUUGCCAAGGAGCAAGAUAAGCUUGCGAUUGCCAGUGAGAUCGGUCAAGUCCAUGAGCGCUUGCAAGCUCUCGAGGCGGACAAGGAGUUCAUAAAGCAGUGCGUGAGGUCCUUGAACAAAGGAGGCAAGGGCUUUGUUCUUCUUCAGGAGAUCUUGCAGCAUCUUCGGGACCUCAGAAGGAUCGAGCAGCGUGCAAGGAACAACUCUGGAGAAAUCUCGCCCCACUACGUGCAUCCUUACACGGAUUGAAGAUAAGCGCCGAGCCCCGCGAUCGUGUUCAUCAGCGCCAACGGAUCAAGAUGAAGACACCAACACUCCGAAAAAGAAAGUUUGCACACCACCAACAACAACAACAGCCAGAAAAGAGAGAGUUUGCCGACUAGCUAGCUAGCAUAGUCAGGCGAGAAGAAGCUGGGCUCUGUCAUCUCGGGAGGAGAAGGAGCUCCCCCUUGGGUAGGUCGGGUUCGGCAUCGCCAUCGGAAUUCGGACGGCGGAUCGUGCCGCAACCCUGCCUUGUAAGGUUUUUUUGGUGGACCGCUUCCCCCACGUUGUGUCGUUUAAUUUGCAUCUUGUGGGGUUUGUGUUCCGAACUUUUGCUCAAGGGCGAGACGGUUGGUGAGCCGCCCACCCCCCAUGAGGUGUGUUUCGUGGCAGAAAUCAUGGCUUUGCGAGACUGAGAGAGAGAGAGCGCUUUUGGGAAUGGUUCCAUUAAUUAAACCUGAAACAGGCCACCGCCAGCUCUGGUUGCCAGGUAGUAUAGGAUGAAUGAAUUAUACAAAAAAAAGGAGGAAUUUUUUAAACUUUGGCUGGCCUCAGUGGGCUUUUUCGCUGUAUAAAUCUCAUAGUUUUUAUUUGAGUGCUUGG